AUGGCGGAGUAUCUCAAAGUCUACCGUGACCAACCAUUGUCCAACGAUCUCCUGGGAGGGCCUCUAGGCCUUCUCAUGUUUGCAGGAGUUGGUUAUGGCUGGAAGGCUGACCUUGAUAUGCCGUCAUGGGGUCCAAACUUCCCUGGAGAGGCACAAUCAAAACCAUCUACUAGAGGUGCUGCAGACGCAGUGGCUUUUCCAGGCAACAGUGAUAUUGAGAGUAUUUUUGAAAAAGAACCUCACGAAAGAAUAACCGGUCCCGACAUGGAGGUCACAUUGUAUAUUCUGGAUCGCAUCAAAAUGAUAGGCCCCAGAGUUUCUGACUACGGAAGAAUCGAGCUUCGCCAUUCAGAAGGCUUGCCAAUAACCUGGGCCUUGGACUUUGCUCUACGUCACGAGAGCUACACAUCAGGGGGCCACCCAUUGACUGCUUUGCGUCAUCUUCUCGAGCCAUUUGCGGUUUCCAAGAGCAAAGAGACUGAUUUCCCUAUUGAAAACGGCCUGGAAUUUCUGAAGUUUUUGGCUCGUUUCAAUCGUCCAUUCCAGAAGGGAAAGCAGUGCUCUAGAGCUGUGUUGGCCCGUUUUUGUUACGUGACAGAUUUUCUUGCACAAGUCCCUGUAAGUGUUCCUUCUCUCACUUUGUGCCCUCGCCUAAUUGUCAAGGAUCCCGACGACGACGAAGACGAAGACCAAUACAUGAAGGAACGUCGCUACAUUGAGCUUCUCGGCGCAAAGUGUAAGCCCUAUAACCACGCCAUAGCUGAGACGAAGAAGGGCUAUAUUGGGAGGUUUCCCCCGAGGAUUGAGGAGGGCGAUUUGGUUUGUCUACUCAACGGCCUCAACCAAGUAGCCGUUGUGCGGGAAGCUGGCUGGGCUGGAAGUGGUAAGGUAUAG